CUUCCUAGUGCUUACAUGAGGCUGAAUAUUUUAUUCAGAAGACAAAAACGUGGAGUUAUAACUUCCCCAAAUAGAUUGUGAAGAACAUACAAUGUUCGUAUAUCGUUAUUUCACCUAGAUAUCAAUGUCACGCACAGAGAAAGAACAGCACCAACAAGAGACGAACAUUAAAACAAAGUGAACACAAUGUAUUUGCAGCAUGAUGGGAAUUAAUCAUUCAUGCAGAAAACAUUCAUAUAAAACAUGUCAAAAACAAAAAAAUACCAAAAUACAAAAUGUCAACUCCACUGAAGACAGCAGGUGGAGCCUAGCAGUGAAGCUUUCAAUGGAGAAGCCCGGAGAACAUGAAACAACAGAGACAGAGGAAGACUGCAGAACUGAAGAUGUCUUUUACAAAUUUGUUAUCCUCCAUGCUGAAGCUGAUAUUUCAGAAGCUCUUAGAAUUAAGAACAUGCUAGAAAAUGACUUUAGCAUCAAACCAGGCAUCAUAUUUGCAGAGCUGCCCGCUGGAGGAUAUGUUCUUAAAACCCUGGACAAUGCAGUAAAUGGUUCUGCUUGGACUAUUCUGUUGCUCACCAAAAAUUUUCUGACUGAGACUUGGUGUGAGUUUCAAUCUCAUGCCACACUAAUUAAUUCCAUUAACAUGUGUCACAAAUAUAACACUGUCAUCCCAGUAAGACCAAAAAAGAAUUAUCUCCCAAGGGAAAACACUCCUUUUAUUUUGAAGCUCAUCAAUGCUCUGGAAGAAGGUAGCCCUGGGUUCACACAGCAAGUGCAGAAAACAUUUCAGGAACAGCGGUAUCUGAAACAGCAUGCACUGUGGAAGGCGGAAAAAGCGAGUAGAGAUCAGCCUGAGCAAUGACUGUCCUUUACUUGCUGUACCUCAUAUGUCCAGUAUGAAAAGCUGUCUUGCGUGGCUCUGUAUUCAAGGAUUUCCAUUUGUAAUAUGACCAAGGACAUUUCUAUUUCAAGUUUAUGUGGGGUGUCAUGUGCUCAUGUUUUUGUAUUAUUGUUGGGCUUGACCAUUGUAACUUAGUAGCAUUAAAUUAUAUAACC